AUGUAGUUUAGAAAUAUACGACACGUCGUACCUGAAGACAUUUUAGGGUUUCUAAGAAACAAUGGACGGCCCAGAUUCGAAAUCCCUGAUCCUUUCGAGCACUAUAUAAUGUCCAGUUUUCGCCACAAACCCUCACUCUGUGCUUUGAAAACCCUAGCCCCGACUGCCCAACCCUGUGCGUCGCAGCUCAUUUCUGAUCCGGCCAUGGGGGCUUACAAGUACGUAUCCGAGAUAUGGAGGAAGAAGCAGUCUGAUGUGAUGAGGUUCCUCCAGAGGGUCCGCUGCUGGGAGUAUCGCCAGCAUCCUUCGAUUGUCCGAGUCACAAGACCCACACGCCCUGAUAAGGCACGUCGUUUGGGUUACAAGGCCAAGCAGGGUUACGUUGUUUACCGUGUCCGUGUGAGGCGUGGUGGGCGCAAGAGGCCUGUUUCCAAGGGUAUUGUAUAUGGAAAGCCCACAAACCAGGGUGUGACACAACUCAAGUUCCAGCGUAGCAAGAGGUCUGUUGCUGAGGAGCGUGCUGGGCGCAAGUUGGGAGGCCUCAGGGUUCUCAACUCAUACUGGCUCAAUGAGGAUUCGACCUACAAGUACUUUGAGGUCAUCAUGGUUGAUGUUGCUCACAAUGCCAUCAGGAACGACCCAAGAAUCAACUGGCUCUGCAACCCUGUUCACAAGCACAGAGAGCUUCGUGGUCUUACUUCUGCUGGAAAGAAAUACAGGGGUCUGCGCGGAAAGGGUCAUCUGUACCACAAGAACCGACCUUCUCGCAGGGCAACAUGGAAGAGAAAUACCACCCUUUCACUCCGCCGUUACCGUUGAUUUCAGUUGUGUUACCUUAUGUUGUGGCGUUAUUUCUGCGUACUUUCAGGAAGAGUCUGUUAUGGAUUUGAAAUUUUGGCAGAUAAAAACUUAAAUCGUGUUUUAUUUGAAUGAUUUACGGUCUUAUUUGAAAGUCUUUUGGGACGUAUUACCUUUUUUUA